CCCCACCUGCUCUCCAUGAGCUCCAGCAGCCACAACUGCUUCCUGUCUCUUCUGUUUCAAGGUGGCCGAGAGAAUAAAAUGCCCAUCCUGAUCUCCAAGAUCUUUAAGGGGCUGGCAGCAGACCAGACCGAGGCGCUGUACGUGGGGGAUGCCAUCCUCUCCGUCAACGGCACCGACCUGUCCGAGGCCACGCACGACGAGGCCGUGCAGGCCUUGAAGAAGACGGGCAAGGAGGUGGUGUUGGAAGCUUCGCUCAGCCCUUUCUGCUGUGGGUUCCUCCUCUCCUGGGAGCCGCAGGACCACGAUUCAGCCCGAGGAAUGUGCUGCUCUGCACAGCUGCUGGGAGCAGAUAGGCUUGGUGGUGGGGUGGUUUUGUUGUUUUUUUCUGACCAAAGAGAAAUACAAGAGCUUCUUUCUUUCCCGUCCCCAGCCUGCACGUGGAAGGGGCAGGAGUGCACCCUGACCGUCCACAUCGACAAGGGCUUCACCAUCUCCACCACGGAGCCCGGGCUCAGCAGGACCAUCCUGCUCCAGCAGCCCUUCGAGAAGCUGCAGAUGUCCUCGGAUGACGGCACCAAGAUGCUCUACCUGGACUUUGGUGGCCCAGAGGGAGAGAUCCAAUUGGACCUUCACUCCUGCCCCAAAACCAUCGUCUUCAUCAUCCACUCCUUCCUCUCAGCCAAGGUGACCCGGCUGGGGCUGCUGGCAUGACGAGGGAGCGGAGCAGCCCGAGCCCCCGGCCUAUCUAUGCACCUCCCUCCUGGCCGAACCCAGCCCCAAGCCAUCCCAAGGAGACUGAGGCCCCUGUGGGAUCACACCACCCCCACCAAGGAAAAGCACCAUCCGCUGGGAAAACUCCCUCCCGGGGUGUCUGGGUGAAAUCCCCCUUGGAUGGCAGCACUGGGACUUCUCCGGUCCCUUCUUCCCCUCCUUCCUAAGCAGCUGCAGAAGCCCAGUGAGAGCCCACGAGUGGCAGCAGGGCCGUCACCCCAGUGCCUUGAGAGAUGAUAUUUUGUGUACGAAGAACCCGUUUGUAUCCAUGUUUUAUAUUUAUAUCCCCCACUUAAAAAUGCUGACACAGCAGCUCUUCCCUCACCUGGCUCGGAUUCCCCCCGGAGAGUCCCCAGGUCCCGCAGCACAAGGACACGUGUCUGUUUUCCAGACAGGCAACCCGAGGAUUGGAGGCCAAAGCCAGCCCCAAAGUGCUUAAGAGAUGGGAACUGCAGAUCAGCUGUGUUUGCCAAAUUUCCCCCUGUUGUACGAAAUGAUAGGAACCACUUUUGUGUGUCGGGAUUGGACAGCGCGUUCGGUUUUGCUCACUCCGGAGUCACUUUAGUUCUCGGUUUGGGGGGGAGGGUUGUCAGGUGGCUACUGCAGAAUAACUUCUUCUAUGAACCAAAAGAUUCUGCAUGAAAAUGCCUUUUUUUUUUUUUUUUUUUUUUGGGUU